CAGGACCACCACCCUGCUUGACUGGCUUUCCCAUUGCCAUGAGUCAUAUCUUUAGCAGUUCAGUGUGUGUAUACGUCGUCUGUACGUCUGCUUGUGAUGAGCGGCUCACGACUAACCCCGCACAAGAUGCCUAUAGAAGUCCCUCUCCUUGACGUAGACUGAGACGCGCCCAGCCCACUGUGCCGAUACCGGGAACAUGCCGGCAGUUUGAUAAUCAGCAGGCUCAGUGAGAAGCCCACAUGUUAUGUUCGUGUGCUGAAUGGAGCCCUCCCACCACUGGGCUGAGCGCUUUGCACGCAUCGUGUCUCUGUGCUUGGGCUUGCGUGAUAAGGCAGGCUGUCCCGGCUGCACACUGCAUGCAUUUCGUGCUGCCUCACAGCUGCCCUUUGAGCCCUUUUCCUGUGCUUGGGGGAAGAGGAGAGAACAGCAGCCUCCAUUUACAGCCUUGUAUGGCUCCCUCUGUGAAUCCAAUGUCACAGAUAGUCAAGGACAUGGACAGGCACAUCCCAAUGCAUCCGCUACCAGAAGAAAUUCAGAAGAUGCCCCGUGACGAGACUGUGUGCAAGUAUUGCGGUGUCAGCUACUUAAUACUCCACGAGUUUAAAUUGUUAGAAGAAAAAAUGAAGAUGAUGGAGAAAGAGUUGAAGUUUUACCAAGGAAGCAUGGAGCGGGAAAACCAACUUCAAGAUGAUCUUAGGCAUCUGAGGCAAGAACUUGAACAAAACAAGACCGACAUUGAGUUCAAAACCGAAAGACUGAGAAUUGCAUGUGUACAACUGCAGAAAAGAGAAGAGGAGCUGGAAAUCCUUACAAAGGAACUUAGAAACUACAAAGAAGAAGUCAAGGCUGCCCAUAAUCAGCUGCAGAUCUUGGGGAAAGAAACUACUAAACAGCGCUCAUAUCUAGCAGAGACCAUGUCAUUGCUAAGAUCUCUACAGUUGGAACAAACAGCAAUUAAAAACGUUACAAAUGAUACUUUAGUAAAGUGGAUAUCUGUUAGAAAAGAGCUUAAUGCCCAAGUAGAAGAAAUAUCCAGAUCACAUACAGCAGAAACAAUGAGCCUUAAUGAAUGUCUUGAGGCAUCAGAGAAAGAAAAGUCUACCUUACAGAACCUAGUGAGCAAUCUACAAGCCAAAUCAGAUUCUCUUCAGUCAACAUCUCAGCAACUCUUAGCUUCACGUGAGAGUGAGAAGGAGCUGAAAAACAGAUGUCAUGAGCUGCAGAUGCAGGUGCUUGAUCUGCAGCAACAGAAGGAAACUGCACAACUGAAUCUACUAAACUUGACUAAAGAAAGUAACCAGCAAAAGGAAACUGCUCUUACAAAAUCAAAGGAAAUGAAUGAUCUCCUCACCAGACUUCGCAGAAUGGAGUAUGAUAAGGACACAGCCGAACUUAGACUCACUAAGGAACUAAAAGAGAAAGAAGAUUCCCUGGCACAAUUUCAAGAAAAGGGUCUGCAGUUACAGGAAGUUCUUGCUGAGAAAGAACGUGCAGAAGAAAAUUGCAAAAGAAGAACUCAGCGCUUAGAGAGCGAACUGGAAACCCUGAAGGAAGUUUUAAAGCAGUCGCAAGAAGAAAUUGCAGCUUUGCAACAUGAAAGAGAACUGAAGUUUGUUUCCUAUCAGAACAGAAUUGAGCAGCUGCAGGAUGCCCUCAGGCAAAGAAUCUUGAGUAAUGAUAGCAGGGAUGCAAAGUUGGAAGCAGAGCUGGAGAAUGAACGCAAUAAAUAUUUAAGAAAACUUGAAGAAACAGAGCAAAAAUAUAAGGAAGAAGCAAGUGUGGAAUUGAAUAUUGAAAGACAGAAGAAUGAAGAAUUAAUUAAAAAACUCCAAAAACAGCAACAGGAACUGGAAGAAAAGAUCCCCAUGCUGAUAUGCCAGGCUUCAGAGGAACUAACCAUAGAGAUAAACUUGCUAGAGAAGAAGCUACAGGAGGCUCAGACCAGACUAGCAGAAAGAGAUCAAGCAAAGGAAUCUGAAACUGGAAACUUGAAAAAGAUGAUUUCUGAGCUGGAGCAUAGCUUAAAGCGAGAGCAAAACAAAAAUAACUUUGUUCUUGAAGAAGCAAGGAGCGAAUUAUAUGUAAAAUCGGAAAAACUGAAUGAACUCACACAAAACAUAGAUGAGCUAAGACUUCAACUUGACAAAGUAAUACAAGAGAACUCGUUCCUUAAGGAAACCGUGCGCUUGGAGUGUGAAGAACGCUAUGAGCUCACAGAGGCAUUGACACAGGCCAGAGAACAGCUUAUUGAGCUGAAACGAGUAAAUGGAAGUCUUUCAUUAUCCCAGAGAACUUUCCAUUCUGAUAAGGCUGUUCUUUCCAGCACUCUAGCCAGCCCAGGUCAGAAGCAUUCACUAGGUAUAUCAUCCACUGUGCCAGCCAAGCUCACCAGCCUUCUGGGAUCCUAUGCACCGGGGACAGGGAUCACCUCUAGUAUGAACAGACAUGGACAGAGCGGCCACAGGAGUUUUCCCUUGUUACCAUCGCCACCUCCAGCAAAGGAGAGAGCAGCAUCUGUCACUGAUGUGAGACAAACAAUAACUGCAGUUCUUAGAAGGAAUUCUACUCAGCUGUGAUGGGGAAAGAGUAUUUUACAUUUUUUUUGCAUUUUGCUUUCUGGACUCACCUGCAGCGUCACAAAGCAAGGCCUUUUCUUCGACCUUGGGGUUAAGUAAUGAUUAAGUACUGCAGAAUCCUCUCAGUAGUUCAUGGGAUAUUUCUACAAUUAUUUCUCUCAGUAUCAGCCAUGAGUGCAGAUCCCUAAAGACUAUGGAUCAGAGAAAGGACAGUUAUUUUAUAAUAUAUCUAUGCACACUGAAGCUGGGGAAUUUCCACACAGAGGUGACAGAUGUAUUUUGCGGUUUGUUUUGUUCUCUUUAAAGAACUGUUGGCUGAAAUUCAAGGGAGUUGUUUUUAUUUUGUAAAAAGAACGGUGUUUCUCUAGA